UGACGUUCCACUCAAAGAUGGCGUUGACGAGUGCGCCAUGUUUCUCGUGAUGUCCGAGCGUUAGAGAAGAAACUUUUUCGGAAAGCGUGAACCGCAUGAGCAAAAUGGCUGAUGAUGACCCGUGGCUACUGAAGGAAGACGGCUGCUUGAACGUGGACACCGAGUGCAAGAGCAUAAUCUAUCACGCCAAUCUAAACGUUCUGCUCAUCACCACUGGCAGCGCACAAGUAUACGUGUUCGAUGUCAACUCCGGCGUGAUCCUGCAGAGGAGUUCCCUGUCGGGUAAACCAAAUGGGAAACUCCAAGGGAUAUAUUUAUCGGAUGGAAUAGACAAGGUACUGUACACGGACGGUCGAGGGAUUGGCAUACGUAGCGAUUACAAUGGGGUAUUGCUGUUGGACACAAUUCUGCAAACCCCAGUUGCUAAGAGCGAGGAUGUCGUGAAACUGGAGCUGUUGCUGUCGGAGGCGACGAUAUUGCUUCAAUGCCUACAGUGCGUGGAGUUGCCGGGUGUGGAACAUUUGCUGGAGGUGCUGCAGGAACUCUCGAGUAAAAUUGUUACGGCGCAAGCGAAUCAGAAGAAGGGUAUUAAAGCUCAAAAAUGGAACACGAUAUGUUUGGAGCUACCGCACGGAUCUUUGAAGCUCGUCUGUUCUGGCUUAGUGAUGGAAUUAAAAAGGCAAAAUCGGCAUAUAGCAGCACUGCCCAUUGCCUCCGCGAUCAAUGAACGACUAAAUGGCCUACUGCCUAGUCUCGCGUUAGAAGGUGGUCCCACUGAUAGAGCGUUAAUGUUUAGCGAAGCAGCGCGUCGUAAUACUUUUCCAAAAUGGCCACAUAUGAAUUACAAAUGGGCUUUACCUGACCAAAUGGCGCAGGCUGGUUUCUAUCACGAGCCGAAUGCCACAGGUGACGAUAGGGCUAUGUGUUUCACUUGUAAUGUGUGCUUGGUGUGUUGGGAGCCCACGGACGAGCCAUGGUCGGAGCACGAGAGGCAUUCGCCCGCGUGUCCCUUCGUUAAGGGCGAAUACACUCAGAAUGUUCCAUUAUCCGUCACUCUCGCAACAGCUCCCGCUCGCGAGGCAGGCGAUGCAGUGGACGUUGUAGGUACUACUAAUGUCACAGGCCUCGCGGCUACAGCCUCUUCCAAUGGUUUUGUAAAUAUUUGGAAUAUAACGAAUCAGUUAAAGAGAGAAGUAUCAUUUUAUAUAUCGCCCCUGGAUCAAGAAGUAAACAAUAAGGAAUCGGUUCAGUUUUGUGCCGCGAGAAAUCUGACGCCUCCAUAUUUAACGAACCUCGGCUCGGACUCUGAUCCACUUUCGGAAUACAAGCCCUCGUCGUUCUAUAAAGUGCAAGUCACGGCGCUCUCGGUGGUGGGAUCUCCGGCAGUCCUGAAGGAGGAAGCGAAAAGCACCAACUCCACGACCUCGUCGUCUAUAAACAUCGAGACGGCGGAGCAUAAAAUUCGACCGUGCUUAGUGUGCGGGGUUACAGUGACGGUUAAUAAUCCCUCGCAGUUAAGAACUUUAGAGAACGUGUGGGCCGCCUCGAGCGAUCUAGCGAGCUCGUCGUCGUUGGUUCGCGCGAUGAACAGUGUAAAUAGUGCUGCCAGUGAUACUCUAGAUAUAAUGAAGGUAGCGGGUGAUAGGUACAUAUCGUCAAGGUUGCAUUACUUAGUGCUGUACGACUUUCAUCAUAAGGCCGCGACGGCGCAACCCACCAAGGAGGACAAUUCUAAAGAAUCAAAGACUAAGAAGACCCUAUCUGGAACGGGAACUAGCGCCAGCUCGAACGGCGGACGCCAAGAGAGCCUGUACAAUGAGCUCUUCCUCGGUAAAAUUUUUUAUGAAGUGCCAGUUAUCGAAGAUGUAGACUCGGACAUGGUAGUCGGUCCACCUUACGACGAUAUCUUCCCGCCCACCACUCUAACCGCCUCGUCCUCCAACGGCAUUUAUACGAGUCCCAUUGGCCCCAUUGGUAUUCCCUUCGUCCCUGCCCCGACUACGUCGACCCCCUACAAUCCCACUUUCCCUCCCAUCAACGGCUCCACCCACUUCGCAUCGACGUCCGACCUGACAACGAUAAAUAAAAAGAGCUUAGACCUUAUGAAGAUCACCAAGGCGGAGCCGGUGGUGAUCAAGACGCUGGCGAUAAACGCCCCGGACUCGCUCCGCAUCACGUAUAUAACCGCGUCCAAGGACGGGAGAUACCUGUAUGUCGCGAUGUGCCCCGCGGCGGAUAACGCCUCAGUCGAAUCUUCCUCGUCGAACACCAAUCAGAUGGACGUUGACGACGAGAGCGAUUUCUUCCCGCAAAAAAGUUACAUGUACUGGGACCAUAACGACAGCCAGUCCAGCAAAUUGAUUAACGGCGAGAUCCACGGUAAUGAGAGCAGCGCGAACGCCACGCUGCUCGUGUACGCCCUGGACUUCACGGGCCCGGUAGUGAAAGUGGCGUCGGAACCGCUGGUUAAGCGAGAACUACCUUUGGAGCAGGCGCCGGUAGAGCAUGUGCUCCUCCCUCUCCAAGAGAAACAAAAGUGCACGUCGUUUUCUACUAACUCUAGUACCAAUUCCACUAGCAAUUCGGCCAUUCAGGAGCCUGCCGGACAAGUUGCCCUCGUGUGCAAGGACGGUGUGGUCAGAUUGUUAAAUUUAAGCACGCUGAAGACUGUGACGGAGGCGAGAUUAGAUGGAAAGAAAUUCAUUUCUGCGACUUAUUGCAACAGUUUGGAAAGGCUGUGUGUGUGCACGAGCGACGGCACGUUGCAUUUCUUCAUUACUGCGGAGGAGGAGGACUCGGCGGAGGAGAAAGACGAUGUCGACGAUGUGAACAUGGGUAGCGAGGGAAGCUGCACCUGUGAAAAUAUAGCUCCUAGUACGUCAACGUCGUCGAUUUGUUACGACGAGCUAUUAGCGCAUAAACCAAAUCUCUCUUACUGGGACUUAGGGCUGUUAUAUGAACUUACACGAUUCAGUCGACAUUCCCCCGCGUAUAGCGCGACCGUCCCUCCGUGUUGGAGCGAAAUGAUGCAGGCUCAGAGACAAAGACGCCAUCCGCAGCAUCUUCAUCAAUCGGAAGAUCAGCAUCAUACAAGAACAUGGCGGUUGCAAAAUGAUUCGACUACUUGGGAUGAACACGUAUUCGAGCUUACUUUACCACGAAGCGCAGCAGGGAGUAUAGGGCACGUUGAUGUCCGAUUUACCUUGCAUGCCUUCUGCCAAGAGUUACCGACUAUUCAAGUUACUUUGUUGAAACAAAAUAUAAAGAGGAUCGGCCAUCAGAAGAUACCAACCACUUCCGUGGACGAGAGAAUUGAAUUCAACAUAGGAACCGAGCAAAAGAGCGAAAAUCCGGUCGUCACGGAGGAAUAUCAGCGUCAGCACAACACCGAGAUCCUCUGUGGUCCCAUUGACUUGCACCGUUGCGUAGACUUGUCCUGUCGCUCGGGAUGCGUAACGUUGACAAGCCCGAAAUUAUUUCGCUCGAAAGCUAGAACGUUGCUCGUUCACAUCAAAGCUUUAAUAGAUCAAAAGGAUGGAGUGAGUAAUACGUCUGCGAAAUCAAAAGCAAAUUUAGCAGAAAGUAAACCACCCACUUGUAAAAAGCUGAAGAUAUUCGAGGUACGUCCGCUCGUGCCUCCUAAUGCUGGGGAACGAGGAUUUGACGAGAGUGCAAACAGCAAGAAGUUGGGAUGCUACGUUGGUUGCAAUUGGAUUCACGAGAUCUCCAUUACCGUGAGAUCAGUAAACCCCACUAGCAUGCCUGACGAAAGGAUGCAGAGAUGUGCUAUGUUAGAAUCGAAAACCUUUGUCGAUAAUCUUUUGAAUGUUGCAUGCUUGCAAGUACCUGUCGAGUCUCCCGUCGUACAAUCUAUGGCUCUUGACAUUUUAAUAUGGGUAGCUUCAAUAAGAUUAACAAGAUUGCGCAGUAUUCAGAAUAGUACGGAGAUUAAGGCUCUUCAAUUGGAGACAAUACGUUCCGUGCAAGGACGAUUAUCCAGCUUAUUGCGAACGUGCCUCUUGCACGCUGGCAGAAGUAUAGCGCACAAAUGCGUUAAAUUGAUCGUUCUAUGCAGCGGAGGGUUUUAUAACAUAGAGGAUUCGCCGGCUCAAACCUUCGACGAGGCCAUGCUCUCCGUAUUGGUCAACUUGCUGCCGUCAAUAGUAGAAGUUCACUGGGCUGGUUCAUUAAGAUGGCUUCAAUUACUCAUCACCAGAUUUUUGCCAUUAGAUAGAAAUUACAGUAUUGCACAUAAAUGUGUCUCCCUGGUGCAACAAAUAGCCACUGAGAUAUCUAAUAGAGUGAAUCCUUACCAUUUGCUGUUAGCUACGAGGUUCGGUCUAUAUAACACGCCCUUUGAAACGGAACUUUUCGACUUGGAGCCACCAAUGUUACCAAAGUUUAGUUCAAUACCUGUAACAUACGCGUCCGUUGUAGCCAGCGAUCAUCAUCACACAGGCCCAUCUGUCGCUUCAUCAAGUGCUGUACACUCGUCCAAGAUAUCGCAGGAUUCUAUUGAUUUGAGGGACCUACUCACACUGCCUACGCAUCCCGCUAGUGAAUUUGUAAUAUCCAGCAAAUUAAAGGCAUUGUGUGCCAAUCACAAUAUGAAAGGUCUCCUCGAGGUUGAACCUCUUCACUUCACUUGUCACGCUGCCUCCGACGGCACGAAGAUGGAAAAAAUCGAUCCUGGCACGAAUACAAUUAAUAUUGGACCCACUUUGUAUGACAGUACGGCGACAAGCAACAACGGUGUGCCUGAUAUUAAAACGAUACAUCAUACAUAUAACUUGGAUGCUGGAUCGCUAGGACCACAUGUUCAGGCUAAACCAGCAGCUACAUUAAGCGAUCUGCUUAGUAUCUAUACAGGAAGAGUGCUAAAGAAGCCAUCUCCGCAACUAUUGCUCACACCUGACGAACAAUCAGACUAUGACGAAGCUAACGAAAUGUCUGGCGACAACCAGACUUGGCAUAGCACACAAAAUAAUAUGCCUAGCUCACACAUAUUAAGUUCCAUUGUAACGAAAGAAAAGUCAUGCGUACAAAGUAUCAAUACCGCUGUAAACAAAGUUGAGGAGGGCAAUCCUAAGAAGCGAGAAGAUAUUACAUUCCCAUGGGGAAGAUUGCUGUGUUGGCCGCCUCAGCAAGCGUUGGUCGUCGAACGGAUGCACUCGGGAGCUCGCCGAUUUGUUAUCUUAGACUUCGGGUCACCUGUACUGCUGACCGAUCUGAUGAUACCUUCGUGCAACGAUUUAGUAUCGCUGUCCAUAGACAUUUGGACUAAGAGCGAAGAAAUAGAUGGCACGCGGCUUAUCGUCGCUGGCGAUAUUGGAAGUAAACCGUUGAUUGUAUGUGAUCUUCAGCCACCGCCUGUAUGUAGAUAUCUCAAGAUCACUACAAUAGGACGCUAUGGAAUGUCCACGACUACAUGUAAAAUACCAUUAGGAAUGUUUUACGGACAUAUGGUAGUUUUGCCUGGGGAAGAUUACUCGGAAGUAAAUGAUGCUUCGUCAUUUGAUGCCGACAUUUUUGAUUCUUCUUUACAAGCUACCAUUGAUACACAGUGUAACAUAUUAUCAGCUUUAGCGGAAGAUGUACAAUGCAGAUUUAGUUUAGCUACUGAAAGAUUGAAAACUUUAUUGGACCCAUUACUGUGUUCGGAAACCCCUAAUGUUAUGCAUAUGCAAAACUAUCUGUGUUAUAACAAGAUAUCUAAUGAAAGUAAGGAACAGCCAUCGGCGAAGAUAAUGUCGACGUACCAAGAAUGUAUCAUGUUCCAACAUCAAUUAAAUGUCGUACGAAGUGUCUGGCGUCGUCUCGAGUGGUGGAGAGGUUUGCGGAAUGUGCCAACAACAUCCUUCGCAAACGCACCCAGCGACAAACUACGAGUUCUUGAAGAAACUCUACUUGACAUUCUACUGUAUACUGUGUACGAAAUUGGCCCAGUACCUAGUGUGUACCGACCAACGUCAUUAUAUGAAGUUUUCACUCCAACAAUUUGUGAGAAGUUUUUCCAUUCGAUAUGCGUUGUAACGCCAGCUCCACGUUUACAACUCCAUGCUGCUGCGCUCUUAGCUGGCAUGGCAGGACAUCAACCAUGGUGGGGCAACUUCUUAUCGAACACUCUGAUAAAUCUUUACUCGUCGGCGUCAACACACAUUUUCCCUCAAGAUAGGGUGUUUAUUUUAUUAACAUUCCUCGGACGGAAGUCAUUAAUAGCCGGUGGAAAUAAGUCAUCAGUUAUUGAAGCCAUGGUUCGUACAUUAGGCAAAUUACUGGCUCCUCUUACAAACGCACCAACCAGUUCUAAUCGAUUGGACAUCACCUUAAUCGGUUGGGUGUUAUUAUUUCUAUCGGUAUGCUUGGACACCAUUGCACCACCGCCCUGUUUCGAGGACAAUCACGAGAAAACUAGAGAACAAGGUUUAUUUUCCCGUUGGGAGUUUAUUCAAGGGGAAUCGGCCAUGCAAAGGCGAUAUGUCAAUGCUAACCGUUCGUCAGCUUCUCGUAGCUACCGAAAAAGAUUACAAAAGCGUUUAUUACAUCAUAAACAGCAGCUUCAUGAAUUAGAACAAGCAAAAAAGUCUGCAGCAUCCAAAGGAUUGAUGACUCUUUCGUCUGACGCCGCUACAUUGUACAAUAAAGUGGAAGCAACCCUAAAAGUUCAAGAACGUUAUUUCAAGAAGACAUUAAAGCAACAUUCCGCAAAGCAUUACAAGGAUAUUCUUAAGAGAAAUGAAACGCUGCUCCGCAGCCCAUGUUGCAGUCAAGCAAGACCCAAUACUAGUAAAUCGGACGUCAUGGAUAUGGAAGUCGAAUACAGCGUGACAAGUCUAUCUCAUCAGAAUGUUUUGCCAGUGGCUCGCGGUCUCAUUGCGCUCAUUUUACACAAUUCGGCUAAUGUGGAUAUGUUUUUGUUAGCUUGCAAGGUAGUCGCUAGGCUAGUAGUAUCUACACGUCCCGCAAUAGGCUUAUGCGAGCUUAUGACCGAGGAACAACUCUUGAAAUUAAUCAGAUUGGCAACGGAUACAUCUGACGCUGCUUGGUCAUCGCAUGCUGUUUCCUGUCUUCUAAUGGAUCUGCUAGAAGGAGGGCGAUUGUAUCCUAGAGCAUGUGCUUCGACGCACGAAAGUAGUCCAUCGGAGGAAAUUUUAGAAUCUUUGGGGACUCAUACAGACGAAAGUCGUGCGGCAGAGGAGGACGCGACCAAUGUUGCUGGUACCAGUGCGCCUUCCGCUGCCACGUUAAGCGAAGGAUUCGCCGAAGCAGACGCAGACGAGGAUGUGCACGAUAAUAUCGUGGUAACUUCGACCACUGCUGGCACGUCAAAAUCCAACGGCUAUCUGCCGUCCCUUUUGGAAUCCGAUGACAGCGAAUUGGAAGACUUUUUGGACGACAUAUUGGAGCGGGGCAGAAAUAUGUUGAAAAAAGACAGCACAGUAUCGAAAAUUCUAACUUCUGCUAUUACUGGGAGCAUUUCUUUAGCGAUGGACGCACGCUUGGAAUAUGGAGUUGAAAUGGGCGUAGAAAUAUCACUGAGGAUACUGUCUACGGUUGGCAUGUACAAUCUACCUCACAGCAUAAAUGCGACAAUACACGUGCCAACAGAAGCAAAUCGCUGCUGUCAACAACCGUUCUUGCGUACCGAAACGAAUGAGAGAAGUCAGGAAAGUGGAAACUUUUCUGAUCCUACCUCUUCUAAUCUUUCAAUGUUGACGAGAUGUUUCGAAAAGAUGUUCACAGACUUAUAUCUACGUAACAAUAGUACGAACUUGGAACUGGUCCUCCAACUUUGGUUUGCAUUGAAUAUGGAUGCUACUACUGAACAUCCAAGCUCGCAAUUUGACCCCUCUUUAAUACCACUGAUUCCACUCAGUCCAGCAGCCAUUUCCAGCCUGAUAUCUGCGCUCACAUGGCACACUGGAGUUUCUUUACGUGCUUGGUGUCUUGCAUUGCAAUGUUUAACCAUUGUCUGCAACCAGUCGUUACGAAGAUAUUCCGAUUUGGACGGCUUUGCACCUAAUAGCCCUUCUAUGGCCAGUUGUAUUGUUAAAGAACGCAAUACAGGCCCUAUGUUGCUACGGCUACUUUCCGGCAAUGGAUUAAAUAUCAAUACAAUGGAUAAGCAAUAUAUUAUGGCCGGGCCUACAGUUUGUCAAGCAUUACACGAUUUUCUCAUUAGGCUGGAAAUGAUGUGUGAUGUUAUUACGACGGAUAGCUGUUUAGGUAACUCCCUGAAGGAUUUCCUGCUACAAGUGGUAUAUCAACUUGUGCAACCAAGUGGGCCUCUCAUUUUAAGAAAGGGACCUUUAGAUGCGCAGUGCAAGCUAAUAACGUCAGUAGUUAACCUGAAUUAUGUCAAUACUGAUUUGGAAAUAGCUAUGAGCAUUUCAGAAUACGUUGGUGUGUUGGUUUCGACAUAUGUCAAAGGAUCUGAAGUUGGCGCACAAUGUGGAGGUGUGGUUGAUUCGGCUAAUCAAUCCGGGAGUUUCGGUGGUCUGUUCGCUUGCGUGCUCGGCGGCGAUGCGAGACAAUGUCGCCCUGCAUCGUGGGACACUUUAAUCGUGGCUCUCAUCAAAUUAGUGUGUACACUCAUUCAGACUCCAUUACCAAACACUCGCCAAGAAAAUUCAGAGGAAUCGACAGAAAUGGAAUUAUCGGAGACAAACUGGGGCUCUAAGGGCAAUGCAAGCGAUUCCCAAAACGCGAAUACUUGGCAAACGGAUGAGAGUAAAGCGGCAGAGCAACGAAACUCUUUCCACUUACAACAACCUAAACCUGGCAAAUCUUCCGUGCCUUGCCUCGCUGAUACUGUUCUGCAACACGAGCAAACUAUGAUGCGUUUGCUAGGCGCCCUCGGUCAUAGUACGGGAUCCUCGUUAGCUAUGCUCUUGGGCGAAAGUGCGAGUGCGGCGUCGACCACCGAGCUCGGCGACCCCGCUUCGAUACCGGAUGCAACGUUCCAGCUUCUAACGACCCUUACAAAAAAGGCUAGCGAUCCAAGCCUAGUUCUCAAGCCGCUUUACCACUAUCUCUCCUCGUCAUGCGGAGAAACCGAAUUGGGAGUCAUGCAGCUGUCCGAACCGCUUCUUUGGUACAUCCUAAGGGUGUUGGACAACGCCUCGUCGUUAUCUAUCUUCACCGCGAUGGGCGGCGUGAAAGUGCUUUGCGAGAAUCUCGUGAGGUCGAGUAACAGUGGCACCGCCGGUGCCUCCGCCUCGUCGGGAGUGAUCGCCCUCGUCAUGGAACAUCUGUCGAAUGCGCCGAACGUGAUGCAGAUGAUGGCGAGCAGCAGCAAGAAGGGUGUCAGCUCGCUGGAGACUCACGACGACGGUUUACUGAAUUUCGCACCUCUCGGCUCGAUAUCCUGGUUAAAUCCGACCGCGCAGCCAGCGGAUGUUCUCAUACAAAACGCCACUCCCCAUAAACGCGCGAGAACGCCGGCGUGGUCGUAUCACUUUUAUCCCGACGAGGCGUGGGUCGAUCUCACCAUCACGUUACCGUGCGCUAUCCUGCUUAGGAAAGUGGAGCUACAGCCACAUCUCACGGCGCUAUCCACAUGUCCAUCGGCUGUUGCGCUUGAAGUUUCGAAAGAAAGUAAUGGUCCACUGACGCCUGUUUGUCCGCCGAUGCCGACUGCGGGCUUAACGUAUAUACGCGUUACUUUAGCACAGCCGGAAGUCGCGACUUCCGUACUGGUGCGCCUAUACAAACCACGGGACUCGACAAACAUAAAUCUCAGUCAAAUAAGACUGCUGGGUACCACCGCGUUCGGCGAAAUUAAAACGAAUCCGGACACGAUAGACGAGGAACAACUAACGAAGACUAGCUUGGGUUGGUUGCGAUUACUGCAUCAGUGCUUAUCGGUAAGCACGCUGAACAGCAAUCUGGCCGUCGAGGUGCUUAAUUCCGCGGCUUCCGUCGAAGGCCUCGUCGAGGCAUGCUGCAACCUCCUGUUACUCCCAGCACCGUCUCUCUUUACUCCCAACUUGGAGAGGGUUCUAUUACAACUUGGCUUACACUCUCGAGAGCUUGGACUUCGUCUCAUUGGUCUCUUACUCAACAACAGGUCCACCCCUUUCUUUCAAGGAACUGUGACUUCUCAGGAUACGUCCAUCGUACAGUUGGUCGUUGAAUUGCUUCAGCAAUUGUGUUCUAUUCGAGACUUCAGCACGGAGGCACGCAUGAAAGCCGUCCUUACGUGGCUGCAAAUAUCGGCCGCGAAUGGGAUAUCUCAGACGAACAGUAAUCCCAAUUCAGUGAAUCCACCAGCGGUAUACAUUCAUUGUGUGUCUUCUAUCAUUUGGAAGGCUCAUCAACAGCAGAAUCACAACUACGACCUGCAGGUCCUGUUGACGGACGAGCUGUUCUAUUCAUUGUACAAAUGGAUUCUGACCCUUGGAAAUAACUCAGCCUUGAAGCAAGCGAUCGACUCUGUCCUGUGUGCUUUCUGCUACGUGAGACCGUCCUUGUUGAUCUUGCUUCUGGAGUGGGUACAAAUCUUAGUGCCAAAUAUCGCGGUAAAUCCGGCUGCGUCUAUAUCCGACGACUGUAAGGAAAGUGAGGAACAGACUGAUGACAAGAAGAGCGAUAUUAAUGCAGAGGGAUGGUACUGUCAGUUUGUCUUGUUGAAGCACAAAUGGUUGCAUUUGACGGAGGGACAAUUGCUAACUGUCGCCGCAGCGGCGCGUUCGCCACCCGGUACUCAGCAAUUGAUCGAUUCCGGUCUUCCGGCGUUACUGACAACAUCGAUUACAGAUUUCUGUAACCUGGAGAAAUCCAAACAACAACAGCGAGAGAGUAAAAUGGCAUCGGGUGGCAGCAAUGAAAAUAACAUGACUGAAGAUGUCAACUCGACGGACAGCGAUAAGGCGGCAGGUUCGAGUUCCGGAUCGAACAAUUAUUCUGGAGGAUUGUGCAUGACAAAACCAGAGAGUAUAGCAGUAGUGAUAGAAUUCUUAACGCUCGUAUGUGCGGAAGGCAGAAUGCGUGACUGGCUUGGUGAAGAGGGUCGCGGUUUCUGGUUACCGCUUCUGUCGCUUCUCAGUAAUCGCCCUAUCGAAAGCCCAUCCGCGUCCGCAUCGAGUUGUUCGAAAACAAGCGCGUCAUACGCAUUACUGGAAAGCGCUAUGAUUAAAUUCUUAUCGAGAUGUUGUUGGUGUCAUCUGGCUAAUCAAAAAUUACUGGCGAAGCUUCUGAUCGAGAUCAUUUCCCAACAACGAACCACCUCAAAUGUGCGGUAUCUCCAUGGCAUUUCUGGAUUUACGCGAAGAUUAAUUUUACAAUUGCUCUUGGAGGGAGAGAAGGUGUUGGUUUCCGUAACAUCGGAAGCCCCCAUGAAAGUUUCAGCAACCGCGACGAAUCAUAGCAUGCCAUCCAUGCCGUCACAUCCUGCCUAUCCCCUCGGACACUAUCAUCAAUUAUUAUACAUGUCUACGCAAGCAACGGUGGCAGAUAUAUUGCAGCAAGUGUCAGGAACGUGGCUUCUUUUGUUACUUCCGAAUACGUACAAGGGUAACGAAGCGAGUUCCAACGGGAACAACCGUUCUCGUGAAUUCUGGGAAUCGGGAAUGACGUUGGUGGUAGACACGCUCAGUGUGGCCGCUGGAAACACGGCGAAAGACAAGCGGGCUAAGGAGGCAUCGAACAGAUCGCAAAUUCGUGGCCCUAUAAUCAGAAAAACGCGUUUAAAUCCUGACGGAACGCCAGCAGCGAGCAAAGCCUCGUCUACUAAUGCACAAGCCAACCCAGCCAACACGACAAAUCAGCAGUAUCUAAUACAUUCGUCUCGUCCUGAUACUCCUCUACCGCCUCAGCUUACAAUCGCGCAACUCCUGGCGAUCGCCGAGGACAGCGGUGUUUCCCUGUCCGAACCGUGCUUACAUCUCAUCUUACGUCAACGUAAUAAGGAUUCCAAAGAAGACACGGCGAAGCAGAACGACAGCGAACUGUUGAACUACAGAAGCAUAGAGAGUUCGUUGGGCGUCUUCAGUGCCGGCGGUGGAUUGGCGGUGUUGGCGCGCCACUUGCCGUUGGUGUAUCCGGAUCCCGGCAGGCCGUCGUUCUUCGUCGAGAAGUCACCGUCGCCGGAGCAGACCGACGCCGACUGGGUAAAACUGGAGGCCAACGACGACAUUUACGAGGCCUUGGAGGAGGGUAGAACGAAUUGUCCGCCGAAGACGUCGGUUCCCGCCCCGUACGUGCCACCGCAUUCCCUCGCGGCUUUCGGCCUAUUUCUGAGACUCCCAGGCUAUGCCGAGGUGCUGCUGAGAGACAAGAAACGGGCGCAGUGUCUGCUGCGGCUCGCCCUCGGGGUUUCCGACGACGGCGAGGGCGGCGAGGUGUUGAUCUCGCCAUUGGCCGCCUCGUUGCCGACCCUGCCGUUCCAAGUUCUGAAGCAGCUGUUGGACGCCACGCCGCCGACCACCGACGACGGGCUGCUUCUACGAGGAACAACCAUAGAAGUGGGCGCUAUGCUGCUGCUAUUGAACUGCCUGGCGAUAUUCACGCAUCAAACGGGACAGAACGACGGUUCGGCCGAGCACAAGCCUGGCCAGAGCAGCGGUGGCGGUGGUGUCAGUAGCAACGGAGGACGCAGCGAUGACACUUCGCAUUUGUACUGGGCCAAGGGCACCGGCUUCGGUACCGGGUCCACGCAGCAGUCGUGGAAUGUCGAGCAGGCGUUGCUACGCCAACGAUGCGAGGACGAGCACGUGACGGUGCUGCUGCAGGUCCUCGCUAGUUACAUCGGGACAUCGGCUGGCGGACAGCCGCAGCAGGAGUUGCCGGCACCGUUUCCCGAUUUGUUGGCGCGUUCCUGCCUGCUGCCGGCGUUGUCGUCGUACCUGCGCAACGAUUCUGUGCUAGAUAUGGCCAGGCACAUACCUCUGUACCGCGCGGUCCUACAACUGCUCCGUGCCAUGGCUCUCUCCGGUCAAUUAGCGCCGCUCUUGUUACCGCGCGGCGGUAGAUCCGGAGAACCGUCCGUAGUGUCCCUCCUGUCGAGCAUGAAAGUGUGCGUGGACACGUAUGUGAACAAGAUUAAUCGCACGAGGGGCAACAAAACGAACAUGAAAGUGGUGUCCAAGUAUCCCGACGAUACCGAGCAAGACGAGGGCUUGGCCACGUUGAUACCCGAUAUACAGGAAAGCGCGACUAUAGUGCAAAACGCCACGUGCCGAUUGUCUGGUGUCGGCGAAGAAUUGCCCGGAUCCAGCCCAACGGCGCCGGAAUUACCGUUGCGCUCAAGUCUGGAGCACCGGUACUUGGAAGUAAUGAAAAACUUGCAAUUCGAUACGUACGAAAUGAUUACCGAGAACCCAGACGGCGGUGGCUAUAAAUUUACUGUUUCGUAUCACUUCGAGUCGAACAUGAGGGCUGCCGGAGAGAGAAGUCAUCCGACGCGGGUGAAAAGAUUAGCUCAAGAAGCCGUCACGCUCUCGACAGCAUUGCCUCUGUCUUACAGCAGUAGCGUGUUUGUGAGAUGCGAUGCGGACAGAUUGGAUAUCAUGAAGGUACUCAUAACAGGGCCAGCAGAAACGCCGUACGCAAACGGCUGUUUUGAGUUUGACGUGUACUUUCCUCCCGAUUAUCCUAACGGCCCGAUGUUAAUAAACCUAGAGACAACUGGCCGCCACACCGUGCGCUUCAAUCCGAAUUUGUAUAACGACGGGAAGGUCUGUCUCAGCGUACUGAACACUUGGCACGGCCGACCUGAGGAGAAGUGGAAUGCGCACACGAGUAGCUUCCUUCAGGUUCUAGUGUCGAUACAGUCGCUAAUCUUAGUGUCCGAACCCUACUUCAACGAGCCUGGAUACGAACGAUCACGGGGUACGUCAAGCGGUGCUCAAUCUAGUCAGGAGUACAAUGCGAAUAUUUGUCAGGCUACCGCCAAGUGGGCGAUGCUCGAUCAAAUACGCAAUCCCUGUCCAUGUUUCAAAGAGGUCAUACAUACCCACUUUUGGAUAAAAAGGCACGAGAUCGUUGCACAACUGGAGGGUUGGAUCAGAGAUAUGGAAAUGCAUGGAUCGGAUCGUAGGUCAGGCCGUACAAUUUCCCUCAAUGCCCUGUCUUUGAGGAGACAUUAUAGACUAUUGAGGGAGGAACUGAAUAAACUGCCAACGCCCAAAGGAUUGGAGGACUUGGCCGAACCACUCGCGUCGCCAGGCUCGCCUAUCGAACUAUCAGGGACCCCAGGCACAACACCGAACACGCCGUCGACGGUUACGGCAUCCGCGACCGCAGCAGUGGCUGCUCCUAUCACCACCAACACUAUGGUUCCAAUCAGCAAUAGCAGUACGAGUAGCCACGUGCAUCACGACAUCGACACGGACGUCGAGAUGGAGAAGAUGGUUUCGAAAAUGUGUGAAUAGCUAAAGGAUGUUAAUAGACAUUGUUGGACAUUUUGAAAAGAGUCUAUUGUUUGUGUUACGAGAUGAACAAAUGGACAUUGAACAUGAACAGAUGACACAACGGACUGAAAUCAAGCACAUAGAUAUCCUGUCCAGCGGCCGAAUUACCGAUGUUUAGCUAAGGCGUUUAGGGAAGGAAGCAGUAACGACUUUCGGCCGAAUACAUAAUAAUACUGACGAUAAUUAUUACAAUGAUGAUGAUGAUGCUGAUGAUGAUGAUGAUGAUAUAAGAUGUAGGUAGAAAAAUAUAAGGUGUGGUAGAGCGAGAAAGACGAGUAAGAGAGAAUUUACAAUAGGAAGAAAGUGUGUGAGAUAGAGAGAUAGAGAGAGAAAGAAACAAAAAGCGAGCGAAUGAUGUGUGUGCAUGGGUGAGACGUGAGUGUGAAAAGGAGAGAGGGAGAGAACGAAACAGAUAGAGGCAAAGAAUAAAUAGCGCGAAUGUAACAAACUCGUGCGUAGUAGAUACUUUUUAUAGCCGCUGCUAUAGUACGUGUACGCUGCAUUCUACUACUUCGUACUACCAUAAGUACCACAACUGUUAUUCGAUAUUUAUUAUACAUGUUCCUCGUUUAUGUAGCGUAACUCUGAAUUAGCUGCACUUUCAUGCGGAUCUUGGGACAUUACGUUCACUGUCCUCUCCUUGUCGCUCGUGUCUUCCGAGGGCAACGCGCUCGCGCUCCCGCCAUCAACGCCCGCGCAGGUGUCGCGUUCUCUUUUUAACGAUAUUUUACUUUAUCAAUAAUUGUGCUGAUUUUUAUACACACAUACAUACAUAUAUGUGCACAUCUAUACAUAUAUCUACAUGUUUACAUAUAUAAAUAUACACUGCAUAUAGAUAUAGAUAUGUAUAGAUAUGUAUGUGAUGUAUAUGUAGAAUUCUAUCGCUGACACCUCGUUCUUUUCGUUUUAAAUAUAUCUCGUAGGACACAAUAUUCUUUACCGAGCACUUUAUCGAUUUACUGGUAGAUCCUGUUCUUUUGCUGAGUCAUCUCUUCAGAAUGCAUUCAAUUGUCGAGCAUUAAGCGAUUCGAUUACUAACAAGCUGCGGGCGGCAACGAAGAGUCAAUACACGCGCGGAAGUCGAAGCUCGUGACAGGUGCAACUAAUUACGAGUUAUUGAUGUAGCGGGUAUCCCUGCGCGCAAUGCGACCGAAUCUAAAUGACGACUGUCAUCUGAACGAGACGACGAUCUAGGUACGUCGUUAGAUAACGUUUAAUAUAAUAGUACGUGUUCUAUGUCGAUUGAACGAACAACCGGGAAGGAAAAAUGGUAUCUUGGAAACAACAGAAAAAAAAGAAAAAUUAACGGAAGACCAGGUGGUACGUUUCUCGCGUAAACGAGAAUUGCUCUUUGUAAUUGUAACAGCUACUUAGUACACGUAAAUUUCAUAUGAAUCGACCAUAUGAACGAAUAAAGUCACAUUGUUUUGA